AUGUCUACGUCGACGGUGAGCAAUUCCGAGUCAUCCACGUCGUCCUUCAGCAACAGCAGGACUCCUUGGGGUUGGCUGGUGUGGAACGAGCCCAAUGCAACGGUCGCCAUUCCCCUGUGGUCGACCGAGAACGGACACGUGGCCACCAUUGGACGAAAUGACCAUUGCACCGUGCCUGUCCCACCCACGCUCUUCGAAAACUCGCUCUUCCAGUGGAUUAGCCGCCAACAUUGCACACUGGAAAAGUUGAGAGAAGAUGGGAAAUUUACGAUUGUAAACAACUCUCCAAUUGGGACGUUUGUCAACGGAGAGCAACUCAAUUACUUUCGCACGCUGCCCAUCGAUCACGGCGACGUCGUCGCUCUCUGUUCCGCCGAGAGCGCGGCAAGCUUCACCUUUUACGACAACUACCACAGCUAUCUGGGAUAUCACCGGGACUUCAACAACAGAUAUCUCGUCCUGAGCAUCAUAGCGAGUGGGAUGUACGGCGAAGUUUUCAGAGCCAUCGUAAAACGCAACAACAGCGUUGUUGCCAUCAAGACUGUUCACGCAACUACAUGCGGGAGCCCGCAUGCCUGUGUGAUGGUGAACCCACGUGGCGUCGAUGCUCUGAGAAAUGAAAUCAGCGUCCUCUCACAGCUGGAACACCCCUGCAUCGUUAAGAUGCUAGACUCUGCCGGUAACUGGCCAUCAAAGAGAAUGUUUAUAGUUAUGGAGUUUCAUGGCGGCGGUGAUUUGCAACAGAGGAUGUUCGACUUUGCACUGUUUUCAGAGCCGAAUGCCAAGUAUUGGCUCGUGCAAAUGGUUUCGGCAAUUAGAUACUGUCACAGCCGCUCACCGCCCAUCGUCCACCGUAACCUGAAUCCCACCAACGUGUUACUGGCAAGCGCUGAUGAAUUUGCAACAGUAAAGAUUACUGAUUUGGGUCUAUCCAAGUUGGUAAACGACGACACCGUCUGCAAGACAUAUUGUGGUACACCACUUUAUUUAGCUCCGGAAGUUGUUCCAAGCGUCCUUCGUCGACCAUAUACGGAGGCGGUCGAUGUUUGGAGCAUAAGGGUGAUGCUGUUUCUAAUGCUGUCGGGUUAUAACCCUUUUGACCAAUCCAAUCAUUCUGCAAGCGAUUCGCUGUCCACAAGUGACUACAUUGCUAGAGGUAAUUUUUGGUUGAAUAACAAAUGGAAUUCAGUUUCUCUCGAUGGAAAAACGCUUGUCAAACAAAUGCUGCAAAUUGAUCAAAAAGAUAGACCAAAAUUAAAGGAUAUCUUGUCAUCUAUAUGGAUGACUGACAGCCACGUCAUCACCAAGGUGAAUAAAAUUGUCUUUGCGGCUACCGACACCAUACAUCAUUGA